UCUAUUGACGCGUCGAAUCUGAAAAUAAAUGGCUUAUAGCGCACGUUCAACAUAUCAACUAUCGUCAAAUAAUCUUAUCAAUGAAUUAAAUCAUUUCACAGAUGAUUCAUAUAAAUAUCGUUCAAAAUCUUCUAAUCCUCCUAAAAAUUCUGCAUUUUCGACAAAUAGAACGCGAUACGUGCCACCAUUUUCCAUACAGACUCAGCAAAAGAAUACAUUGGUAGUAAAGGGUCCGCUACAAUGUAUGCAGCAGGGUGUAGCAAAUGGCGAACGUGCCAAUGACACUAAACUAAUUGGAGAGAAGAAAUCUUUGCUAAAUAUUAAUAAAUUCUCAUUAAACAAAUCCUUACGUAAAACUUCGUUUCGCUUGCAUUUUGAUCGCGGCGAUUUGCCUAUUAAAAUGGAAUAUAUGUGUGGAGGCGAUAAAAUUGGUUGGACACGUGCAUGCAUAUGCAUAUGUGUAUUACAGAUUGACAUCGAUAAGCUUGAUUACAAUUUUUAUUUGCCACUAUUCUUUGAUGGCCUAUCGGAGACAGAGCAUCCUUACCCUACGUAUGCACGUCAGGGUGUUUACGAUUUGUUAAUAGCGGGUGGCGAAAAAAUUCCCCCAACUAUACCCCAACUAAUAUUGCCGCUAAAAAGCGCUCUUAAUACUAAAAAUUUGGAAGUGAUUUGUACCACCUUGAAGAUUAUACAACAAUUGGUUCUAUCAUCAGACUCGGUAGGCCCGGCAUUAGUACCUUUCUAUCGGCAAUUGCUACCCAUGUUUAAUGCUUAUAAAGUGAAAAAUUUAAAUUGUGGUGACGAAAUUGAUUAUUCACAAAAGAAUAAUUUAAAUGUCGGCGAUUUAAUUGAUGAAACGUUACAAGUAUUAGAGCUGCAUGGCGGUGAAGAUGCUUUCAUUAAUAUUAAGUACAUGGUCCCUACUUAUGAAUCCUGUUACUUGAAUUAA